AUGAGCUGCAGCAGUCUGGCAAGGUUAGAGGAAUUUUCAGAGGAGGAGCUGGAGCUGAGCAUGCUAGGUCAGGGAGAGAAUGAUGAGGUGAGCGAUGGCAGCCCCGUGGGCCCCUUGCAGGACAACGAGGGCUCGGCCAGCAGCCCUCCCAGCGAUGACACUGAGGGGGGCCAGUCCAAGAAGCGUAGCCGCCCGGUCCGCUCCAAGGCCCGCCGUGUGGCCGCCAACGUACGUGAACGCAAACGCAUCCUGGACUACAACCAGGCCUUCAACGCUCUGCGUGUGGCACUCAACCACGACCUCAGCGGCAAGCGGCUCUCCAAGAUUUCCACCCUGCAGAGGGCCAUCAACCGCAUCUCAGCCCUCUCUGUCUUCCUCAGCUCCAACCCCCCCAGUAAGCCUUGCUCCCACCGGGAGUGCAACAGGACAGCUGGGAGGUCAUUGGCGGUGGGAACGGUGGGGACGUCACGGCUGGACCCGCCCAGGGUGACAGUUGCUCAUCGCCUGGAUUCCCAGAACUACGUCUCCUGUAACCACACAUCACUCCCCUAUCAGAUACAGCCUCAGCAGGGAACCCACCCUCACAGGCUGCCAACAGAGACACACCUCUACAUUGACAGCUUGGGCUCCUCAUGCCCCCCCUCGCCACACUACCCCUGCUAUCCUGCCAAGGGCCAGUUGUACCCCUCACGCGGACACUGUGGGACAGGGAACCCAUUGGAGCAGCCACCAAGCCCUAUUAGGUACACCCAGGUGGGUGAAGGGCUGGGGUACCAGACUAGGGGGUGGGCCUCCUGCGCCCAGGGCUACAUUGAUGCCUUUAUGGAGUCGUCUCCAGCCCUGGGCCUCCCCUGGCAGGUGAGCCACAUCCAGGAGACAGCAGGCCCCCAGCACAGCCUGCCCCUACUCUGA